AGUCAGGCUCGAAGGAGAGUCAGACCUAUACAGGCAGGAAGUUACGUCAUUGAACUUUCCGGGGACCGGCGGGGUAAUCGUGUUCCUCCACGUGGGGCAACAGCGGUUAGCUGUUAGAGGCAGCGUUGGCGAUGGCCACCCUGUACGUGGAGGAUCUGCUGGCGCGCGCCGAGGAGCGCGAGGCCGAGACGCUGCGGAGCGUGGCGGUGCACAAAGAGCUGGACUUGGAGUUCGACCCGGGCAACUUGCUGGCGGUGGAUAAGAACCCGGUGCCGCGGGGCAUGGUGCGUGAGGGUGCGGCUCGCGAGGACCUACUCCGAGCCUUGGCCCGCGACAACACGCAGCUGCUGGUGGGCCAGCUGUGGGCGCUGCCUUCGGAGCGGGCCGACGGAGGGUCGGGGCCGCUGCUGGUCCAGCUGCCCGAGUCGUCCACUCGCCUACCGAGGGAGAAGCCGCUGCCCAAGCCCCGGCCCCUCACCCGGUGGGAGCAGUUCGCCAGGCUCAAGGGGAUCCGCCCGACGCGCAAGAAGCGCGGCACGCUGGUCUGGGACGAGGUGGCCAAAGAGUGGCGCCGCCGCUGGGGAUACCGUCGCGCCGGGGCAGACCCGAAGCGCGACUGGGUGCUGGAGGUGCCCGCGGGGUCCGACCCGCUGCAGGACCAGUUCGCCAAGCGGCGCGAGGAGAAGCGCGAGCGGGUGGCGCGCAACGAGUUCAAUCGGCUCCGCAACUUGGCGCGCGGCAGCAGCCGCGGAGCCGCCCCGCAGCUGCACCCCACCGGCCAUCAGGACCGGGCCGAGCUGGGCCGCGUGACCGCCGUCGCCCGUCUCUCCACCGCGUCCCGCGGCCGCUUCCAGCCUCGCCUGCCCAAGGAGCCGCCCGUCACCAAGAACCGCGCGGGCGGGAAGAAGCGCCGCUUCGGGCCGGUCCUGGGGGACUUGGAAGGGGAGAAGCAGCGACAGCUGGAGCUGGUCCGGAACCUGAACGCCAAAAAGCCGCCUCUGGACCUGACCCGCGCCGUCAACAAGCAGCUGCGCCAGGAGGAAUCCGAAGCGGCGGCAACUGCGAAGGGCAAGAAGCGCGGGCAGCGAGGCAAGAGAGCCCGCCGGCAGCAGCAGAGACCCGGGGGUGGCAAGAGCAAGAAACACGGAGGAGCCGCGCGGAGAGGGAGCCAGGGGCGCCCGGGAAGCCUGGGCGCCAAGAGGAGAAAGAAAUGAGCCUUGCUGGCAGGGGCUUGGUGGGGGAGACUGAACGGGUCCUGCUAACAGCCUCCUUCCACGAGUGAGAUGCUUGCCAGUCAGCUGCUCAUUCUUGAUAGAUCCCUACAUGAGAAACUGGCCUUAACCUGUGGCACCUCUCUUCUGUAGCGGGACUGUGGCCUUUUCCCUUCAGAGACUGACUUUCUGAGAUUUAAUAAGCGAAAAGGGGUAAGAAUCUUUCCCUUCAAAAAUCUCAACUGCAGUAGUUUCCUCAGCUGAAGUGGCCACGAUCAAACAGAGGAUCUGGGAAGGGGCCUGCUUCAACUGCCAAGGAAUGGCCUGCUUUCCUGGUACAUGGGCUUUGAUACAGUGCUCAGAUGCCAAUGCCAGUCUAAACUUUUCUAGAUUUUGCUGUGAUUUGGAUUGGUUUUUACCUUGUGUCUAAAGAAGUGACAUCAUUGCUAGGGGUAUGGAGUUGCAAUAUUUGACAGUUUCUAUUUCAUACAGAAUAAAAAGAAACAAAAAUAAUACCUGAA